CGUCAAAUGAGAAAUCACUGAACGCUCUGUGUAUGAUGAUUACGGCUUGCUAAGAGCUAAAAUAUUAUUUUCACGGAGAUCUGGGUCAGACUGGUCCGUUCCAAGAAUUGGAUAUCUCAAGAAUCUCAUUUCUUGGAUUUAAAUUUAAUUCGUGCUCGCUGGCUAGCUAGCUAGGCGCAUGUUUUAGUUAGCUAGCUAGCUAGCAGCUAGUCAAACAUUUCCUUUUUGCACUUUAAGAUAGCGUCAUGGGCUUCUCGAUGUGAACCUACCGGGAACAGCUUAAAACUGCCUGUUUCACAUUUCUUAAAAUUGCAGUUAGCGAACGUUAAUUGCAUUGCUAGCUAGCUAGUAAGGUAGCUAGCUAGCACAUUCAGCUAGCUAGCAAAGUAUGCCAAUCUGCUUUGCCGAAUUUGCUAACGUUAGCUAGCAAGCUAACAGAUAAACAAUUGCUGGGCAUCUUUUUCCUCUGCACCGUCGUGUUGAUUUGGACAUUUUGCUAGGUAGCUUUCUUCUUGGAUACCUAAUUUGCAGAUAUCGUGCUCUUGAAGUUUGUAUUUUCUUUGCCGUGCUAGCGAGCAAGGUACCGACGAAAGCUGCUCGAUUGUGGUUGGCGAUCGUCUUGGAGAGACAGCUUGGUAGCUACUCACUGCGACUGCAUGCCUGAUUUGUCAUUAGUUACGGGUAACGUUACUUUUCAGAAAAAAUAGCUAGCUAACUAAAUGAAGAAGAUUUUUUGCUUUUAUUUCAUGCAACAAGCUUUGUUUUGAAAGCUGCCAAAGCUCAACGUGGGAUUAUUAAGAGAAACGCAAGCAACACAAGAAGAGAAUCAUUUGAUGGAAGAAAAGAAAAAGAAAAAGCAAGAAGAAAAGAAAAAGAAGGACAGUGCUCAGAAAAAGGCUGCUGAACAGAAAACCAAAGUGCCAGAAUCUGCCAAGCCCAACUCCAGCCCUCCCCACCCUGCCAACCCCAGCGCGACUCCUUCAGUCCCCACGGUUAGCAGCAGCGGCAAUGGCAAGCGCGCCCCCUCCAGUGUCCAGCAGCAGCAACCGGCCGCCCCGCGCUACCCUCCCCGAGAGGUGCCCCCGCGUUUCCGCCAGCACGAGCACAAACAGCUACUGAAGAGGGGCCAGCCACUGCCCGCGGGGACCCUGCCUCUCGCCUGCGGCCAGCCGGGGGCGCACUCCCCACCUAGCACCGCCGCCAGCCUCUCACAGCCCUCCUCCUCCUCCUCCAGCAAGCGGCACGCAGAGCCGCCCCAGAAGAGUGGCCUGGGAGCCCAGCAUGAGAAUCCCCACUGGGGACUUCCAUCCACCAGCCGGAGCGCCGCCAGCAGCAGCAGCUGGGAUCAAGUGAUCAUUGACGAGAGCGACACCGAGGCGUGGCCUUCCAUUUCCCGCAGCGAGAGCCACGCCCCUCCAGAAUGCACCACGGACACUGACUGUGCCACAGAGAUCAGCAGCAGCAGCAGUAGCAGCGUGAGCAUGGCCACCGGGGGCGCCCAGCAAGGCCACUUCCCCGCCCACCACCCCAACAACAAAGCCGGCGGCAGCCACUCGGGGCACGCCGUCUCCAGCCAGGGCGGGGCCAGUCGCGGCUGGGGCUCGGGACCUGCCCACUGCCCCUCCGGCGCCGGAGCGGAGGGGAAAACGGACAGCUUACCAGUGGCGGGGAGGGGCCAGCCCUGCUGGAGCUCCUCCAACUUUAACUUGAACCUGAACCCGAAUGCCAACCCUGCAGCUUGGCCAGUGCUGGGACAUGAGGGGACCGGCAUGGGGGGCGGCGGUUCAGGGGGUAAUAACCCUCCCCCUCCCCCGCCCAAUCUCUGCAGCCCGACGGGCACUGCGCCAGCCCAGGGGAGCAGCGGGAACGGCAAUACAGGCAACGCCAACGGCAACCUUGCAGGGGGUGGCGGCGGCGGCGGCGCCUGGGGCGACAUGAUGCCCGCCGACCCCUCGGAGCCGCACCCCUGCCCGUCCACGAAUGUGUCUUUCAGCAUGGAACCUCAGAACCUUAACACUGACGGACCAAAUCACACUAAGCAGGAGCCCCUCAGCCCCGUUCAGAGCCUCUCCGGCUGGGGUGCUGUCCCCGUGGGCGUGGGCUCCCUCGUCCCGCUGGAGCCCGGAGCCUCGCAGGUCAACGGCGAGGGGGGCUCCGUCUGGGGAAACGGAGAAGCCAAGCCGGCCGGCUCCAAGGAUUCCACCUGGGACUCAGGGCCACCCAACAGCCCCGGCCUCCUCACAGCCUGGGGGCGCGGAGGGAACGGGGGAGGGGCCUCCGGGGCCUGGGGGCGGUCGACGGGUGGAGACUGGGGCAAGCAUUCCGGCGAGGCCAAAGGGUGGGAGGCGGCGGGCAGCCCGCCGCAGGAGCAGCUCAACUCCUGGACCCGCGCGGCCAACGCCCCCGCCAGCGAGGGCAGCAGCGACAGCCAGGAGGGACGGUCCCGCAACAGGGACAGGUCGUCCAGCGAGGACAUCCCGCCGCCCCUGCCCCGCCAGGACCUGGACCCCCGGGUGCUGUGCAACACGGGCUGGGGCCAGACCCCGGUCCGGCAGCACACCGUGUGGGACAUGGAGGAGGCCUCCCGCUCCGACCGCAAGAGCGACACGGGGACUGAGGCCUGGUGCUCGUCCACCAGCUCCGCCGCAGGCGGCCCCCCGCUGGCCACCGGGGGUGGCGGCGCGCACCCCGGCGCUGCUCCAAGGCCAGACUCGGGUGGGAAGACCGAAGGGUCCGGCUCCGGUACCUCAGCGGCUCAGGGCUGGGGGGGCUCGGCCCCGGCGCCUGGGCAGCCGGCCUCCGGAUGGGGAGAGCCGCCCGUCAGCAAGAAAGCACCCAACGGAUCUGGGGGCUGGGGCGAGGCCCCUGCGGGAGGCCCCAAUGCCAACAUCCCCAAGGGCGGCCAAUCCUGGGGCCCCGAAGAGAAGUCUCCGAGCUGGGACGACCCCCCCGCCAAGCCCAAAUCACAGAGCUGGGGUGAGGGACCCAAGCCCUCCCACGGCUGGGGCAACGGCGGCGGCGGAAGCAGCGGACCUGGGGGAGACUGGGGCGAACCAGGAGAAGGCAAGAGGAAUGGCACAACUAACACCCCCUGGGAGGGGGACGGAGGCAGCUGGAAGGAGACCCCCCGGGGCUGGGGCAAGCCGGCCCCAGGGGUGGGCGGAAGCUGGGGCGACGGCCAGCGGCCCGGCGCACCGGUGCAGGGUUGGGGCGGCAAGCCCCAGGAAGGCACCAACGGCACCAGCGGGGGAGGAGGCAACGUGGGCUCCUGGGGUGGCCCGAACUCGGUGAAGCAAAGCGGCACGGGCUGGGGGGGCGGCGGGAACGGCGGGAAGCAGGAGCCGGGCGGGGAGCCCACCGGCUGGGAAGAGCCCUCGCCCCCCUCCAUCCGCCGCAAGAUGGAGAUCGACGACGGAACCUCGACCUGGGGAGACCCGAGCACCUACAACAAGACCGUCAACAUGUGGGACAGGAACAACCCCGUGAUCCAGGGCAACCCUUCUGCGCCCAGCAACAACAACCACCACCACCACCACCCGCACCCACACCACGCUCAGCCCCCUGUACAGGGUCACGGCCACACCGCUCCCAGCAUCACCAACAACAAUGGUUCCCCGAACACAGCCACCCCUCACCAGCCUGGACCUCCACAGAACAGGCCCCCCCUCGUGACUCCAGGCUGGGGGGAGCUGCCCAACGUCCAGGCCAAGCCUGAGGCCUCCUGGGGAGAGCCAGCCUCCCCCGCUCCUGCUGUGGACAACGGGACGUCGGCCUGGGGCAAACCGCCGGGCGGCAGUGGAGGCUGGGGAGACAGCGGGCACGAACCCGCCGGGCCCUACGGCAGAGGCAGUGCGCCACCUGGAUCAGCCCCCUGUAAGCCAGCCCCCAAAUCUAUGCAAGACGGCUGGGGAGGCGGUGGGGACGAGCUGAGCCUCUCGGCGGGGCAGUGGGAGCCUGACGACGGGGACAUGUGGAACAGCCCGGCCUCCCAGGAGAGCAACUCCUCCUGCAGCUCCUGGGGGAACCCUCCGAAAAAGGGGCCGCAGAAGGGGAAAGGGCCCAGCAAGCAGGAUGAUGCCUGGAUCAUGAAUCGCCUGAUCAAGCAGCUGACUGACAUGGGCUUCCCAAGAGACCCAGCAGAGGAGGCCCUGAAGAGCAACAACAUGAAUCUGGAUCAGGCAAUGAGCGCCCUGCUGGAAAAGAAGACGGAGCUGGACAAGCGGGGGAUGGGAAUUUCUGACUACAACAACGGCCUGGUCAGCAAAGCACUGAGCUGCCGGCCUCCGGCCAUCUCCAAAGAGUCCUCCACAGACCGAGCCCCCUUCCUCGACAAGGAUGGCGGCCUGGCGGAAGAUGCCCCAACCUCACCGUUUAUGCCUUCUCCCAGCCUGAAGCUCCCACUGUCCAGCACUGGCCUCCCCAGCCAGGCCCUGGGGGGCGUCUCCUCUGGGCUGGCCAUGCAAAACUUGAACAACAGACAGAUGCAGAGCGGAAUGUUUGGCAGUAGCGGAGCAGCACAAGCCCGGGCCAUGCAGCAGCAGGCUCCUCCCCCUCAGCCGUCAGUGCCGCCACUCAACUCCUCCCAGCCUAAUCUCCGCGCUCAAGUGCCUCAGUUUCUCUCCCCUCAGGUUCAAGCACAGCUCUUGCAGUUUGCAGCAAAAAACAUUGGUCUGAACCCUGCACUUUUAACCUCACCAAUAAACCCUCAACAAAUGACCCUGUUGUAUCAACUACAGCAACUGCAAAUGGCCUAUCAGCGUUUACAGAUCCAGCAGCAGAUGAUGCAGGCUCAGCGCAAUGUCUCCGGACCCGUCAGACAACAAGAGCAGCAAGUUGCACGUACAAUCAAUAACAUGCAGCAGCAAAUCCAACAGCACCAGCGUCAGCUGGCCCAGGCCCUGCUGAUGAAGCAGCAGCCGCCCCCUCACUCCGGCCUGCAACCCAACGCCGGCAAAUCAGCCCUGGACAGCUUUCCACCCCACCCCCAGGCCCCCGGCCUGUCCGACCUGCAGACCAAAGAGCCGCAGUCUUCUCCCAACUCCUACACCCCGUACCCACUCUCUGGACUGAAUCCAAACAUGAAUGUAAACUGCAUGGAGGUGGGGGGUAUGUCCAUGAAGGACCCUCCUCAGCCUCAGUCCCGUCUGUCUCAGUGGACGCACCCCAACUCCAUGGAGAAUCUAUCGGGCAGCUCCUCCCCUCUGGAGCCCAACCUCAACAAGCACGGUGCCAUCCCAGCCGGCCCCAACCUGGCGCUCCCAGGGAAGCCCCCCAUGGACGACUCCUACAGCCCCUACAACCUGAUCCCCAGCUCCGAGUCCCCCGCCAGCCCGCUGGUGCCCCCGGACAGCUGGGGUCAGGGCAAGGGCGCCAACGACAAGAUCUCCAACGGCACCAACAUCAACUGGCCCCCGGAGUUCUGCCCAGGGGUGCCCUGGAAAGGACUGCAGAACAUCGACCCGGAGACUGACCCCAACAUGACGCCAGGAAGCGUUCCCAGCGGCCCCACCAUCAACACCAACAUCCAGGAUGUGAACCGCUACCUGCUGCGAGACAGAAGUGGAGGCACCUCCCCAACAUCUCAGAAUGGCCCACUGCCUCCCUCCAGCGACUGGCCAGUCAGUGCCUACACUAGCUCGUUCAGUUUGUCCUCCCCGGACGCUGAUGCUGAAGGUAAGCUGUCAGACCUGAAGUCCACCUGGUCCCCCGGGCCGAUCUCCCACACUCAGGCUUCACUGUCCCACGAGCUGUGGAAAGUGCCGCAGGGUCCCCGCAGCACCACAGCCCCCUCUCGCCCCCCCCCAGGCCUGACCAACACCAAGCCGUCCUCCACGUGGGGGGGCAGCGCGCUGGGCCUGGCACCCGGCUGGAGCAGCUCCUACACCUCAGCUGGCACCACAUGGAGCACAGACAGCUCCACCAGGACCACCAGCUGGCUAGUCCUAAGGAACCUCACCCCCCAGAUCGACGGCUCGACUCUGCGGACGCUGUGCAUGCAGCACGGCCCCCUCAUUACAUUCCACCUCAACCUGACCCAGGGGAACGCUGUCGUCCGCUACAGCUCCAAGGAAGAGGCGGCCAAAGCCCAGAAGUCCCUGCACAUGUGUGUUCUGGGAAACACCACCAUCCUGGCAGAGUUUGCCGGGGAGGAGGAAGUGAACCGAUUCUUUGCACAAGGUCAGUCCCUGACGCCCACCACCAGCUGGCAGGCCAACCCAGGCACCAAUCAGACGCGGCUGGGGGGGACGGGGGCGUCGCACGCCAUGGGCCACUGGAACAGCAGCGGGCUGGGGGCCGCCAAGGCCGGCAGCGACCUGCUGUGGGGAGGGGUCCAGCAGUACUCCAGCCUGUGGGGACCCCCCAGCGGAGAGGACGCCAGGGUCAUCGGGAGCCCCACCCCAAUCAACACGCUGCUUCCUGGGGACCUGCUGAGCGGAGAGUCCAUGUAGAAGAACAGAUUCGCGGCUGAAACGAGCGCGAGAAGGAGCAAAAACCAAGCAAAUCAUGUGACGAUAAUCAGUAUCAAUCUGAACUGUGAACCAGCUGUCAGCGGCUGCUGACCCUCCCCUUCUCUCUUUUUUUUUUUUUUUUUAAAAAAGCAUUUUUCCGUUUUUCGAAGGGUUGGGUUCAAGUGUUGAAGUCAGUUUCGGCUUUGUAGAAGUGAAACAAAACCACUACAAAGGAGAGACAACCGUGUAGUGAUGCUUUUUUUUUUUUUUUUUUUUUUUUUUUAUAAGGAACUGACAUUCAUCGUGAAGUGUUUUUAGAAGAAGUGAAAUAAGAAGCUGCCAUUUUAACCCCUUGGCCCCAGACACCUCAUGACCCCCCUCCCUAACAGAGUCUCCUCACAGCUCCUCUCAAAACGGCAUCAUUCCGAGCAAGCUCCUGGCCUAGGGAAUGGUUCAAGUACUUUUAUGUUGGUUUGUUUCUUUCUCAGCACUAAUAUUAGCCUUAACCGCUCUCCAGCCCAGGUCCUUCUCAUGCUUUUUACAUACUGAAGAAAUUGAUGGAAAAUUGCACAGUCCCAUUUCUGAGCCAGCAAAUGGAACGGAAACCAGUGUGAACAACGUUACACUACAGUAAGACGUCUGUCACCACGGCAUCCAGCUCUUACUGUAGUUUUUUUUUUUUUUUUUACUUAAAGGGAUUUACACUGCUGUUUGUUUCGUAUAUUCAGGCUGUUUUUAUAUCUAUUGCAACAUAAGCUGAGAGAAUAUUAUUCAAAACAUGUUAAUCUGGCUGAGGGUGCGUGUGCCUGCGUGUGUGUGUAUGCGUGUGUAUGUUCGUAUAGGCGCUUAUUUGUACGUCUGUCAGUGAAUCCAUAUACCACUGUUCUACGGAACUGUAAGAAACACUUCUUGAACCAUACCACAUCUUGUUUAAGGAUUACUUGCUGUUCUGAUUUCAUUUGAUUUCUUCAAUCAAGUCCUCAGCCUCAUGUAGUCCACCAGUUUCUGGAAAAAAAAAAAACCUUCACCUUCAAGUGAUGUGUUGUGCAAUAUAUGCCACAGACUCUUCCGUCCACCGUUACUCUCAACAGAAGCUGGUCACUUUUCGUUUCGUUCGUUUGUGUGUUUCACCAACUUUUGAACUGCAGAAACCCUUACCCUCCUGCCUCCCACACCCCCCCCCCACCACCCCC